GUAAAUGGAUGAAACCUUUUGAUCCUCAGAAAACCUAUGAAGAUGACUUUCAUGUCGAUGAUACAACAACAGUUAAAGUUCAAAUGAUGAAGAGAAAAGGAAGAUAUGCUAUGAAUUAUGAUGAAGAACUUGCUAGUUCUGUGAUUUUGAUUCCAUACAGAGGAAAUGCUUCUCUUGUGCUUAUACUACCAGACCCAGGAAAAUUGGCAGGAGUGGAACAAAACCUGACAAUUACCAAUUUUCAGCACUUAAUAACAUCAUUACGGAUUGGGUCUGUGGAUCUACACCUCCCAAAGUUAUCGUUGAGAUCGACUUACCAACUCAAGCAGCUGCUGAUUGCAAUGGGCAUUGUAGAUAUCUUCACUAAUAAUGCAAACCUCUCCAAAAUCACUAAAUCUGGACCAGUACAAGUAUCAAAG